CAUACGUCAGCGCAGGGAAAUGGGAGCAAAAGAGCUAAUCGACCAUCCGUCCAGGAGUUGAACACCACUCCAACACGCACGCCACAGAGCGCACGAAGUGUAAGGUUUGGCAAUGAGUCUCUCAAUGCCGUUCACAUUAUUCCAUCUGUUGCUACAACCUUACCGUUCGCUGAGCAGAUGGCAAAAGAACGGGAAACCGAAGCAUUGGAAGCAUCACUUCAUCAAAGGGCACCAGAGAGAAAUAGAGCUGUACCAUCGCGGCUGCUGCAUCCGUUAAAAGUGGGACAAACGCAUGUGAUCGAGCCAAAUCUG